CUGACAGCUCAGAUCUCAGAGAACUUAGGGGAGAUGAGCGGCUGGUCCAGGGUCUGUGUGCGCUGCUGCUCGGCAUCUGCAUCUUUUACAACGACAACUCGCUGGAAAACUACACCAAAGACAAGCUGAAGCAGCUCAUCGAGAAGCGGAUUGGAAAGGAGAACUUUGUGGAGAAGCUCGGCUUCAUCACCAAACACGAGCUGUACUCGCGGGCGGCCCAGAAGCCUCAGCCUGUGUUCCUGUCUCCGGAGCAGAUGCUCUUCGACCACGAGUUCACCAAGCUGGUCAAAGAGCUGGAGGGUGUGAUCACAAAAGCAGUUCACAAAUCCAGUGAGGAUGAGAAGAAGGAGGAGGAUGUGAAGAAGACUUUAGAACAACAUGAUAAUAUCGUAAUGCGGUACAAGGACCUGAUCCGAGAACAGGAUGCUCAGAUCCAGGAGCUGAAGGAGCAGGUAGGGACCAUGACGUCUCAGAGCGAACAGAUGCAGACGACGGUCACGCAGCAGCUGUCCCAGAUCCAGCAGCACAAAGACCAGUACAACCUCAUCAAGCUCAAACUAGGUAAGGACAGCCAGUCUCAGGCGAACAGCCAGGCCGACUCUCAGGUGAACGGACUGCAGACGGAGGAGCUCUCGCAGCUCAGAGAGGAUCUGGAGGAGCUCCGGCAGCAACACACACUCCUGCAGACACAGCUCAGUGACAAAGACGCUCUCAUCAACACCCUGAGAUCAGAGACAGCAGAAGGUUCGGCAGCAUCAGACAACACAGAAAUGCUCAAGGUGAGAUUCAUCACUGAUACACUGUUUCCCCUUUUAGAAACAUAA